GUUGUAAAUAUGGAGCCUAAGGUGUUUUUCCGUCAGAUUUAGAGGAGUUGUGGUCACGAAAAGUCAUCAUGGCGGUCUUGGCCAGAGGGAAGAGGAAAGAGAAUGACCCCCUGAAGUCACUAAAGAUAAUUGCACUGAAUAUUACUGACUCAGUUUCAGGCCCCCUUGAUGUGACGCAGGACUGUAGGAGGGUCUCCAAUAUAAAAAUUCUCUUGGCAGUCCCAGUCCUCACCUCUCAUCAUCUCCUCAAAGAUUGUUCAGGUAAUACUUUAAUCCUUGCAGCUUGUAGACAAGUUAUGGAAUCUACAACAAGUAGCUGGUAUCUCCAGCUGAUCUACUUACUCAUGGUGACCUCAAUCUAUGCCAGAGCUGUGUAUAAUAUAGAAUCUCAUAGACAUCUAAGCUCCGGGAGUCUUGGAGAAAUUGACAAUGAGUGCUGGGAAGCGGCGUCACGCAAGCUGGUGGAGAUGAAGAAGCUCAGAGUGGCAGACACUAUCAUGGGGCUCUGGGACUUCAUGCUCUUCUUGAAAGAAUCGGCCAAUCCCAAGCACAACGCGCUUUUUGAUGGUUUGGCACAGGACUUCUGGGACAUAUAUGUAGACUGCGUCCUCUCGAGGUCUCACGGGGUGGGCAGGAGACAAGUGUCAUCGCCUAACCUAUCCUUUUAUCUACAAAAACCUAUUAAAGGAAUUUCCCCUUUAAUAAAACCCUGGAUUUAACGUGUGGACAAGUGGAAUCCGGUCAUUUCAUUCCGUAAAUGUAUUUAUUAAAAUCAGUGUUCGUCCAAGAAGGUUCUUAUGUCUGAUAAUCUAUUCUAUACCAAGGUUGCCUUCUUAAUCUGCAAAUCUAUUAAAAAUGUUCUGACAUAAGACGAUCUCUCAGGUUCCACAGGAUCUCAGAAGAACGGAAAAUAAGUUGUCCUGAGGGAUCUGAGUCAUUGAGACGGCAGCAGAUUCUGCAGGCCGCCUGAGCUCUGGCCAUGAGCUUACAG